AUGGGAGUAAAAUCAGUAUACAAACACAUUCUUGCAGAGAAAGGCGAUUCCUCUUCUGUCGAGCUCUGGUUCGUCUCUGGCGACGGGGAAGAUUUCGGAGAACAAGAAGAAAUCAACCCAGAAGAUCUGGUUUUUUGGUCAAAGAACUCGGUCCUCUGGCAAAACGUCUGGUCAAAAGACCCGUCAAAACGAACUUCAGAAGAGAAAAAACUACAGAAAGAGAUUUACGAGAAAAUUGAAGAAAAUGGAAUUCCGAAUAUUUUGAGGUCCGAAAUUUGGCCGACGAUAGCAACAGAGUCGGAGUUCGAAUUGCUCAAGCUUCAGGAAGAAUACAUGCGAUUAAGGGGCAAGAAAUCAAGCUGGCAGUCGGAAAUCGCAGCGGACAUAACGCGGACGUUUCCCGGCCACCCAAAAUUCGCAAAAGGCGACGAGGCACAGAUGGAGCUCUUCAGAAUUCUAACCGCUUACAGUUUGCACGAUCCCGAACUCGGCUACAGCCAGGGUACGAAUUUUAUCGCCGCCACGAUUGUUCUCAUGAUGCCAGAAGAACGCGCAUUCGCCGUUUUCGCGUCACUGAUGAAGCGUUUCAACUUGCGAUUACUCUAUUUGAACGAGUGCGAAGGGUUGAAACGCCAGCUUCAUUUUUUGUCCGAAACAGUUCGAAUCAAGAGCAGCAAAUUAAAAACACACCUGGAUGAUCAAAUGAUCGAACCAGGAAUGUACGCUACUCAGUGGCUCCUUUCCUGCUUUACUUCUCGCUUUCCCCUUGCAUUUUCCAAGCGAAUCCUCGAUUUAUUGCUCCUGAAACCAGAUGACACACAAGAACUGCUUAUGAAGCUAACCACUUCGAUGCUUCUAUUCCACCGUAGCGAAAUCUUCGAGUGCGAGAUCGACGACUUUAUGGAUUAUUUCCGAUCAGUUCUGCCGGCUCAUUUCGCCAUUCGAACGCUCCCGGAAGAUGGAGACGGGCCGAGUUAUUACGAACACAGCGAAAAAUUUUUACGAUUUGCAAGAGGCUUCCGAUUGGAGCGAUGGAGGAGAAUUAUGAUUGAGCAUUCUUGGAGUCAGCAACGAUCAAAAUGCAAAAGAGCAGCUUCAAAUAAGGACGAACUGAUAAAAGAGCUGUCUGCGAAAAACGAAGCCUUGUUGGUGGAAAACGAAGAUCUAAGAAUCAAAAACGAUCACCUGAAAUCACAACUUGAUGAAAUCAGCGGAAGAUGGACCGAAAUCGCGCUCAGAAAAUAA